AUGCUUCGCUGUGGUGUCACGCGGCGUGUGGGUCCGCACCCUCUCCGCCUCCAGUCCUAUGACGCUGUCCUGAUACCGGACCCAGGUGGGCCCUACGGUUACCUCCGGUCUGUGUGCGAUUCCAACUCCAAGUUGUGCGAGAAGGCGGCUGACAGCCUCCGAGACGCCACACGCGCCGACGGACCACCGGUCUAUAAAAUAUGCAAAAAUGAGAACGAGGAUUGCGUGGCUGUGACUUACAACCUUGGAGAUCCCAGCAAAGAACGUGUCUGUCGUGAGGCCUGUGGAAUGACAGGAGAGGAACUUAAUACGAAAUGGACAGUAUACAACUGCAAAGGACAUGAGAAAGAGUGCGAGGCCUACGAUCUUGGUGCAAAAGGUGACUUCGACAAUUACUUUGCUAGGCACGUUGCGUGCGUUGGAACUUGCGCCUUUCUCAAAAAAGUGGCACAAACCCAACACAAUUACAAUCUCCUCUGCACUGCCAACAACACCUGCCAGUACGGCAGUUACUUCAGCCUGCCAAAUGUACCAGGCCCAUUCGUCCGCUUGUUCUCUUGUUUGAGCAUGUGCUUGAUACAAGGUGAUAAUUGA